GUAAAAAUGUCGCUGUCUUCUACACGGACCGUUCCUGGAUCAGUGUCCUUUUAGGUGGAGAAAAAAAAAUCACACGGCAGUUCGGUGAGUGGGGACAGCCGUCACCAGUUGCACCCCAAGAAUCAAAUUGCUGCCAUUUAGUUGCCAUGAGAGAUAAUUAGCUCCACAAAACUAUAAAAAGAAAGUGAAGAGUUGCAGUUUCAGUGUUUUAACUGGACUAGAGAAAGGCUCAAUUUACCUUCCUCUUUUAUCAGUUCAGUUUUAACCAUAUUCACCUCAGAACAGAGACGUAUACUGUAACACUACAUGGGCCUGUGGGGUAACCUGAUCCGAUAAUUAAAGCCUUUUGAGUCCCCCCCCCUCCACCUCAGCAAGAAAGGUAAAAUUUCAGUGAAGAGAUGGACCCAUCUGCUAGGAUGGUGGGUCUGGAUGCCCAGGGGAACAUGGUUUUCACUGUGGUAAAGCCAGUUAUGGGCAUAUUUCAGGUGGCUUCAGAGCAGGGCAGCAGUGUAGCACAAGGGGGCAUGGGGCUGCAGGGUUUACCUGAAAACACAUUGGUCCUCCCUCAAGCACAAGGCCAGGCUCAGCUAGACCAGAACCAGAUGGAAAUGCACACCAUGCAGCCUCAGAUUCAGCCCCAGAUGCAGGUAUCCGCCCCGGUCCAGACUGAGGAGGUGCCUCAGCAUCAGGACCCACCGCCGAACUCAAGCACAAAUUCACAGUCGGUUACUCAGAUGCCGUUUGCAGAAGUGUCGUCGCUCCUGGAUCCCAACAUGAAAGGAUCGAAGGCUCGGAAGUAUCUCAUCUCGUAUGAUGAAAUUAAACGGCGUCUGCAGGCCCCAGAGAAGAUGUCCCUGCGCUCCCUGGCGGCAUACACUCGGGUCAGCAGAGGCCCAGCCAGCAAGAAAACACUUCUAGAGUCACUGAAUGUACUCGGACUCACGCCGAGCACGACUACCUCUGUAUCCUCCUCGUUCUCCAAACUCACUGAAGGCGACACCAGAGCUUUGUGUGAUGACAUGAAGGACUUUGCCCAUGACUACAUCGACUACAGCAACAUGGCUAAACAGCUCAUUCCAGAGACAAAUACAGUUCAACACUGGUCCAAAAUUAUUGAAACUAAGAACCACCUCGAGGACAUGAGGAAAUGUUUCAGAGACCCGGUCAACAGUGGUGGCUUUGACAAUGUCACUCAUGGCCUCGGUCUGGGAAUGUUGGACGUCGCUCUGGACAUGAUCGUCAUGGUAAUCGAACAGCAGAUUCGCAUCCUGUCUGGCGCAGCGGCAUCAGACCCGGCCGACUCUGGUCCACCGAUGCGGCGCAUCCGCAGGCGCCAUCGCAAGACUCGCCCUGCUGACAGCGAGAGACCUCACAAGGUGUCUGGAGGGGUCAAAGAUCAAGGGAAGGUCAUUUCAAAAGGCAAGGGGCGAGGAAGAGGCAGGAAGAAGAUCCGGCAGGAAACAGGAGCCGUGGGUCAUGUGGAAACUCAAGCAGAGCAGUGCAAGCCAGAUGAUGUGGAGAGUAACGUCCUUACUCUGGUUUCUGUGGGAUAUGAGACUGUUUCCAGUGGUCUCAAUGCAACAGGGACUGUUUGACACCUCUGAUUGUUAGUUCCUGCUUAGGACUGGCCCAGAAAAUCAAAGUUUUUUUUAAGAGAACCAACACAUUAAAAGCUCAAUGAUGAUGUGACACAGGCUGCACAAGCUGAGAUGCCACGAUUUACCUGUGGAGGAGAUCACAGUUGUGGUGAACUCAGCAUCACAUAUAAAGUCACGUCUAUAGUGAAUCUUCUUUUGUAGCAAGUGUCAAGUGUAUUGUGAGAUCUAACUGAAUCAGAUCAUAUAUCAUUUUUUUCAUCCAAUGUUUUUAAAGAACAAAAGCUGUAUGUAUACACUGAGAAAACCUGUCUAUGCACCGGUGCGUCAGAUCAAAACAUGUCAUGUAGCUCUCAGUAUAAAGAGUCUUGUGUCCCAUUUGUAUUUAUUGUUUAGAUUUCCUGUUGAACAUCUUUUUUUCUGUAUUAGAUCAUGAAAAUUAUAGUCUGCUUUUACAGGAAC